UUAAAUUAAUUACAGACGUGACAAAUAGUCCAAAACAACCACAAAAAUUCCACAACAAAACAAAAACUCCAAGUAACGUUACCCCCAAUAAUUCAUCUUCCCCAAAUCCACAGAGCGCAGAAACGACGCCGUCCGGACCUUCCCUAGGGCUUCGAAUUCCGUCGCCGCUGAUUCAAUUCUGGAGAAUUUAAUUUCUUUACAUGGAGGUGGAGGUCCCCGGUUCGAAACCCUCGGCUGCGGCGGCGAGGCUGAGGAGAGGGGAUUCCGAGGAGGAUCGGCUCAGGGUGAAGAGGAAGACUCUUCAGGCCGUGCUUAACCAGUGCCAGAGAGCUCUUGAAUCGCUCGGUACCACCUCCGGCGACGGUGUCGAUGAUGGUGAUGACGAUGACGAUGAAGAAGAAGAUAGGGACGGUGCUGGUUCUGGUGGUGACGCCUUUGACGAAGGCGGUGGCUCCACGACGACUUCUCGUGCUGACUGCGAAGCUGAUGAGUUGUGCGAUCUUCUUAAAUCUAGAGUUGAGUGCCCAGACUUCCUGCAAAAGUUAGAAUCUGCACAAGCAUCAGUUCCACAAAAUAUUACUGAAGGCAAUUCUUGGGAUGUAGUCAGUGAGAAAGAUCUAUGGGAAUAUGAGGAUGACAACUUGGGUGAAGAUGAGUAUGUCCUUGUUAAGCAAGAAGAUAUAGUAGAGGGUAUUGCGUGCUUUAUGGCUGCAUACUUGUUGUCCCUUAAAGAGACUAAGGAGUUGACCCCUACUCAACUUCAGGAAGCCCUCAGCAAAACAUUUUCAGUGAAAAAGAAGAAAGGAAAGCUUCGAAAGGCAUGGGAUGGAAGCAAAGUCAUCUAUAAUGUAGCAUCAUGGGGAGCAACUGCCAUUGGGAUAUAUCAGAACCCUGUAAUUGUAAGGGCUGCCACAAAAGCCUUCUGGACAUCUUGCCAAGUUAUAUCAAAGCUUCUCUAGUUUAUCUUUGCUGCUGUGGAAAGGGUUUAUAGUGUUCAGGAUUGACUUGGUUGUGUUUAAUCUUUGUAACUCUGUACACGCCUUCGUGUUCCCCAAGUUCUGUAACGUUAAUUCUUUUCGUGCUACAGAUGGCUUGAUUCCUUGAUGAAAUUCAAUCUUGUAAAUAUUUCCUUCUAGUUUGAGUAGUGCAAAUCAAAUUCAUUGGUAGCAUAGCUUUGGGAAAUUACCAAAAUAUAUCUACUUGCUGCUUCUAAUGGAGCACCUUAAGCA